GUAAGCUUUGCUAGUUCAUGUCCUAGUGCUCAAACAUAGUUUCAGCUCAUUAUCUCACUUUGGUGCCAAUUCAACCGUGCAGCGAUAGUAUAAACCUAAUAUUGUGAUAAAAACAAGUCCACGCAGCGACUCAUAAGGUUUGUUUGAUACAGGUUAUUUCCAUUGCGCUUGGUGUGUUUACAUGAUAAAGCGGUGUGGUCGACCCAGCCCAUUCGAAAUCUCUCUUCUCUUCUUUCCACCUUUUUUCACUCACACAUACUCUACUGAUUGACCACAUACCUAACGAUCAGGGACCCCCAAUAUUCUUCUUGUUGAUCACAUAUCUAACGAUCACAUAUUACAAACAAUUUACCUUCCAUUUACAUACCAAGCAUUCAGAGACUACCAAUAAUCUAUUUGUUGAUCACACACCGAACGAUCGACUUUAGAAGGAUGACACAAAUCAUGGAGGCAGUCCGAAGCGCAGCGCGCGGCCUCGAGCCUGACCUUGAAAUCCUCUCGAGGACGGAUGGUAUAAAAGGGGCGUAUGAUCAACAGACACGCCUAAUCAUGCAACUCAGCUGUCGCCUUGAGGAAGCAGAAACUCGCGAGAAAGACUUGGAAAAUCAAAAGGCGAAUAUCAACAAGAUCCUCCAAAGUUAUCGCCACGGCUGCCGACUCCAACUACGCAACUUGUGCAGCAAAGAGGCGAAGGCGAAGUUCCAGAAUGAAGAGACAAAUAUGAAAGAAAGAUAUUUCGAGAUCGUUGAAACCUUAGAGAUCGUCAAGAUUGAAAAGGAAAACCUCGUCAACGAGAAGAGCGAUGCCCUUAUAUUACAGCGCCACCAAAGACAUGAAAUUAAGCGCCGCACCUCCUCACAAAAGAAAAUCGACGAUACGUACAACGCCUGGUUCACGGGUCCUACACCACCCUCCGUCGAAGUCCAUCUCGCAGGACAACGCGUGCACAAUCUUCAAGCAAUAAUUCCAACGCUGAAAUAUCAAAUAAAAUGCCACAAGGAAGCUGAGGGCUUCUUGAAUCAGGCCAACGUGCAAAUGGAUCGAGCUCUAGUAGCCUUCGAGAAGGCUAAGGACACGAUCCCAUCGGCAUUCGUUAUGGGCUAUUCGAAUUCGACUGCCAUAAAUAAGCGCAAACAUCACCUAUAUUCUGCCGACAAACGACUAGGCUGUGCCAGGGCUGAAGUUAACCACGCACACAAAGUCUGCCCUUUCACUACAGAUCUGCCGUCUUACAAUAAGUCGGUGGUCAUCGAGAACCUCUCCCAAUCGGACAUGGCGUGUAUGCUUGGCGACCUGAAGUUCUAUCAAACGGGUAUACACGUCUUACUCAAAAAUUCGAAGCGUUUAACAAAAGAACGGACGGAUCAAUUGCUACUUGCGACUAGCUCCCUCGCCGAUGCGAAGGUUGAGCUCAACAAAGCGAAAAGACAAGUCAUCAGACAGCUGGCCUGCGACAACUUUAUAAACAUGGAUGCGCCGCCCCCGUACUCUUCAUUACUUGAUACUGGCAUGGCGCGUCUCGGAAAUCAGGAAUGAAUGGUUUACGUUGAACUUGGAUGAAUACUUGAGGAGGAUUUGAAAUGGCAACAUAUUAUGGGAUAGAGGAUCUCACUGUUGCUUCACUAUUAGUAUACCAUCAGGCACCUCUUGUAGGUAUUUUGAUACACCGUCUUGUAUUCCAAUGGAUAUUAUCAGACAGCAAGAAACGUUGAGCAUUUUGGGCGCCCCCAUACUGGGUACAGCUGACCUGUUUGUUGUGUUUGUGGCUGCAUACGUCAUUCGCCGCAUAAUGGCAUGUGAAUGAACAUGAGAGUUUAUCCCAGCAAAUGAAUUUCUUUCAUAUAUACUUUAUGUGGUUUCUAAAACCUGAAUAGAAAUACACAGAAUCCAGACACAGAAUAUACUAGACUUGUCUA